CAAAAUUCAUAAUGGUGAAUAAUAAAAAUACUCCAUCGCAUUCGGUAGUUUUUGGAUUUUUAAAUUUUGGCUAUAUCAUCAAUUGAACCAGUUAAGAUGUGCUGCACUACCAACCGCCAGUGUUGUUUCUUUAUCGGAGUGUUAGCGAUCCUGAUAGCUACCUUAUUUAUAGGAUACACUCUUUACCGGCUAGGCACGACUGGAAUAACCCAUUGGGAAGAGGCGUCCAUGGUAGCCUGGACAAUUAUUAUUAUGGCAGCGAUACCUCUUAUUAUAGGCGCAUUAAAAGAAAUUCGCUAUCUUGUAGUGUUUUGGAUCGUAGUCACACUUAUUACCGGUGUGGCCCUGAUAGUUAUUGAAAUACAAAUAUGGAAGACCUUUUUUUAUAAGAGUUCGGACUCUGCAUUUCAUAUUCUCGGCGGAAUAGUCAUUGUUGCCUUCGUAUUACUCAUCUGCUGUUUCAUAUACUUCCCAUAUACAUAUGCGCGUGAGCUGGAGGGAGAUUAUUACGAAUAAACUAUUUUUCUAUUAAAUAAAGAAAA